UUUGGCGUGGUAUGAACUCCUGACCCCGCCCCUGGACCUUAUAUAAAGGGCUCUCCUCCACCUCAGGCUCUGUCCCAGUGGAAGCAUCCCUCUUACCAGUGCACCUUGACCACCCCGGUGAAUCCUAACCAUGUGUGACGACGAAGAGACCACCGCCCUCGUGUGCGACAACGGCUCCGGCCUGGUCAAGGCUGGAUUUGCCGGAGAUGACGCUCCCCGUGCUGUCUUCCCUUCCAUUGUUGGAAGGCCUCGCCACCAGGGUGUGAUGGUGGGCAUGGGUCAGAAGGACAGCUAUGUAGGUGAUGAGGCCCAGAGCAAGAGGGGUAUCCUGACUCUGAAGUACCCCAUCGAGCAUGGUAUCAUCACCAACUGGGAUGACAUGGAGAAGAUCUGGCACCACACCUUUUACAAUGAGCUGCGCGUGGCCCCCGAGGAGCACCCCACCCUGCUCACUGAGGCCCCCCUCAACCCUAAAGCCAACAGGGAGAAGAUGACACAGAUCAUGUUCGAGACCUUCAACGUUCCUGCCAUGUAUGUGGCCAUCCAGGCUGUGCUGUCCCUGUACGCCUCUGGUCGUACCACCGGUAUCGUACUGGACUCUGGUGACGGUGUGACCCACAACGUCCCAAUCUAUGAGGGUUACGCUCUGCCACACGCCAUCAUGCGUCUGGACCUGGCUGGUCGCGACCUGACAGACUACCUGAUGAAGAUCCUGACCGAGCGUGGCUACUCUUUCGUCACAACUGCUGAGCGUGAGAUUGUACGCGACAUCAAGGAGAAGCUGUGCUACGUGGCUCUUGACUUUGAGAAUGAGAUGGCCACCGCCGCCUCCUCUUCCUCACUGGAGAAGAGCUACGAGCUCCCCGACGGUCAGGUCAUCACCAUUGGUAAUGAGCGUUUCCGUUGUCCAGAGACCCUCUUCCAGCCUUCCUUCAUCGGUAUGGAGUCUGCCGGAAUCCACGAGACCGCCUACAACAGCAUCAUGAAGUGUGACAUUGACAUCCGCAAGGACCUGUACGCCAACAACGUGCUGUCUGGUGGUACCACCAUGUACCCUGGUAUCGCUGACCGCAUGCAGAAGGAGAUCACAGCUCUGGCUCCAAGCACAAUGAAAAUCAAGAUCAUUGCUCCACCUGAGAGGAAGUACUCAGUCUGGAUUGGCGGCUCCAUCCUGGCGUCCUUGUCCACCUUCCAGCAGAUGUGGAUUAGCAAGCAGGAGUAUGACGAGGCUGGCCCCUCCAUCGUUCACAGGAAAUGCUUCUAAACACACUUACAAACCCCCCCCCCCCUCCUUUUGUCCAUGCAUUUUUACACUGUUUGUCUCCUGUAUAUAUAAGUGUAAUUGUAAUAAAGAUACGCCCCUGUGAGAGUA